CCGGCUUUUGAAAUUCUGUGGUGCUGUGAUGUAAGGAGUAGGGACGUGUAGGCCUCGUGUGCUCGCUUCUGUCCUGCACAGCAAUCUCCGCAUCAAAUUCACCACCGUUUUUGCUUUGGAUUAACACAAAAAUUAGAGAAAAUGCCGAAGAAAUCGAAAGAAGUGGCGGAAUGGGAGGGAGACGAUGAACCGCAGACUGAAAAAGUUGUCAAGAAAGGAAAGAAGGACAAGAAGGGGAAGAAGAGUUUCUUUGAUGAGCUGUCCUCGGAGAGCAAGGCUGAGAAGAUGGAGGAGCCGGUAGUGAAAGAGACCCAAGGAAAGCAGCCUCAAAAGAAAAAAAAGGACCGGCGGAAAGGGAAAGCCGGAGACGUGGAGGAUGAGGACGAAGACGUCAUGCAGAGACUGAAGAAACUGUCCGUCCAGCCCAGUGACGAGGAAGAGGACGAGGUAAUCGAGGCUCCUGUGAAAGGUGGAAAGAAAAACAAGGGUGGCAACAUAUUCGCUGCUCUGAGCCAGGGUCAGAGUGAUGAGGAGGAUGAAGAGGAGGAUGCAGACGACGACGACGAAAAACCGAAAAAUAAGAACAACUCGACGGAAGUUUCCAGAGCAAAGAAAUCCGAUAAGGCUAAGACGAAGAAGUCCAAGGCGUCUGACGAUGAACCCGACAAGGAGCUGGAGGAAAAGGAUGAGAAUGAGAAAAAGGGGGUGAAGAAGAACAAGAAAGCAGGCACCAAGGUGUCGAAGGCGGAGGACGAGGAAAAAGAGGAAAAGACUUCGAAAGCUGCUGUAAAGAAAGAGCAACCGAAGAAGGGGAAACCCGCUCGCCAGGCGCCAAGCGAGGACGAAGAAGAGGAUGAAGAUGAUAACGACACCAUGAGGAGCGCAGAGGACGUGCUGGCUGCAGAAGCAAGCAAAGAGCAGGAAGACCCCUAUGCCAACAUGAGCAAAAAGGAGAAGAAGAAGAAAAAGAAGCAGCUGGAGUACGAGCGGCAGGUGGCGAGCGUCCGGGCUCAGAACGCCACAGAGGGAGAUUUCUCCGUCUCCCAGGCUGAGAUGUCUUCACGCCAAGCCAUGCUGGAGAACGCCUCCGAUAUCAAGCUGGAGAGGUUCAGCAUCUCGGCUCACGGGAAGGAGCUGUUUGUGAACGCCGAUCUUCUCAUUGUAGCCGGUCGCCGUUAUGGUCUGGUUGGACCAAAUGGGAAAGGCAAGACCACGUUACUGAAGCACAUUUCCAACAGAGCUCUCAGCAUUCCUCCCAACAUUGAUGUGCUGCUCUGCGAACAAGAGGUGGUCGCCGAUGACACUCCGGCCGUCCAGGCUGUGCUGAAGGCGGACACGAGGCGUCUGAAGUUGCUGGAUGAGGAGAAGAAGCUCCAGGCUUUGCUUGAGAAGGGCGAGGACAGUGUCUCAGAGAGACUAGAGAAAGUGUAUGAGGAGUUGAGGGCGAUCGGAGCCGCGGCAGCAGAGGCGAAGGCCCGCAGGAUCCUGGCUGGUUUAGGCUUUACGUCGGAAAUGCAAAACAGACCCACGAAGAAGUUUUCAGGUGGCUGGAGAAUGAGAGUAUCACUCGCCAGAGCUCUGUUUAUGGAGCCCACUCUGCUCAUGCUGGACGAGCCGACGAACCACCUCGACCUCAACGCCGUCAUCUGGCUUAACAACUACCUACAAAGCUGGAAAAAGACCCUCCUGAUUGUAUCUCAUGACCAGAGCUUCUUAGACGAAGUCUGUACAGAUAUCAUUCACUUGGACAACCAGAAACUGUAUUACUACAGGGGCAACUACUUGACCUUCAAGAAGAUGUAUGUGCAGAAGCAGAAGGAGCUCCUGAAGCAGUAUGAGAAACAAGAGAAGAAACUAAAAGACCUAAAAGCUGGAGGCAAAUCCACUAAACAAGCUGAGAAACAAACAAAGGAAGCCCUGACUAGGAAACAGCAGAAAGGCAAGAAAAAGGGACAGGAAGAGGAAAGCCAUGAGGUUCAGGAGCUCCUGAAAAGACCUAAAGAAUACACCGUGAAGUUCACGUUUCCAAACCCGCCUCCACUUUCUCCACCCAUUCUCGGGCUCUACAGUGUGGACUUUGCCUACACGGGUCAGAAGCCUCUGUUCAGAAAUAUUGACUUUGGUAUCGAUAUGGAGUCUCGAAUUUGUAUAGUUGGACCAAACGGCGUUGGAAAGAGUACACUCCUACUCAUGCUGACCGGGAAAUUAACUCCUACUAAAGGUGAGAUGAGGAUGAAUCACCGCUUGAAAGUGGGCUUCUUCAACCAGCAGUAUGCUGAUCAGCUGAACAUGGAGGAAGCUCCCACAGAGUAUCUGCAAAGGAAUUUCAAUCUGCCUUACCAGGACAGCAGGAAGUGUCUCGGCCGAUUCGGUCUAGAGAGCCACGCACAUACUAUCCAGAUUUCCAAACUCUCUGGUGGCCAGAAAGCAAGAGUUGUGUUUGCAGAGCUUUCCUGUCGCCAACCAGACGUCCUGAUUUUGGAUGAGCCCACCAACAACCUGGACAUCGAGUCGAUUGAUGCCUUAUCAGAAGCCAUCAACGAAUACAAAGGAGCCGUGAUCAUCGUGAGCCAUGACGCCCGCUUGAUUACGGAGACUCAGUGUCACCUCUGGGUGGUGGAAAACCGCUCGAUAAUCCAGAUCGACGGCGACUUCGAAGACUACAAGAGAGAAGUGCUGGAGGCUCUCGGAGAAACGCUGGUUAACAAGCAAAAAGAGUGAAAGUGCAAACCAGGGGGGUGCUUCGUUUUCCAGUGCCGUAAUUUACUCGCCAUGAAAAAAAAAAACUUCCAGUCUCUUCAAUGAAAUUUCAUUACUACUUCCCUGGUGUGUGCCAUCUGGUGCAGUGGAUUUGAUUUAUGAUCAAAUUCAGCUUGAACGUCACCAGCGCUUAACCUGUAUAGCGCGUUUUUUUCCUACACGAUGCUAAAAAAGCACAUUCUGAAUCAUCUCGCAUUCGAAUCCGACAUUUUCACUAGGCAAGAUCAUGUUUAUGCAAAAAAAAAAAAAUAUGUUCCACGUAUUUUUUAUGCUCACGGUGAAGUUGUUUCGCGAUACUACGGCGAGAUCGCAUUAUUAGAGAUCUGCAGCUUUUAUCUGCAGUUAUAACCAGACUGAUUUGUAUGUAGUAAAAUACACGAGCACCUCUGCAAAGGAACGUAUGAAUCAGUAUUGCGCGAAUACAAAAACUAAAUAAAUGAUAUUUGCAGUA